AUGUUUAGCCCUGGGCAGUUGGUCUCCACUCUUCUACCUGCUGUCUUCCACUCGUCUGCAGCACACUUCUUCCCUGUGUUCCCCACCAGACUGGGCUCCCCUCCACAGCUCCUGAUCCCUGGGCCCCUGAUCAGCUAUGAGUCCCUGCGGAGUUACUUGCAACCAGAGCCCUGCAAGGAGGCUCUGUUCCUGGCCACACAGGCAGCUGGGAUGGGGCAGUUCACAGACAGCAUGGGUGAGUUCCAACCAACAGUCUGCAUUAGCACAUGGAUAUUUACAUUCAUGUGUGACAAUUUAUUACAGAUACGUGUUGGCUUAUUGAUUGUUGGAAUGUAUUUUCUCAUAGACUCACUGAGCACCAUCUGAUGGCAGAGUAAAUGUUUACAAAAGAUUUUCUAACAGCUCGUAACUAACAAUCAAUUAUCAAGCACGGUUAAAGAGGGCCUAAUGAACGUCGGCGCUAAUGAUCCAAUCUAGAGCCAUUAGUUCCUUGUCAACCGUUGGCGAUUGUGUAAUUGGCGGUUGUGCCGUGCUUUCCAGAUGAACAGAGGCCAGUGAAGCAGCGUCGUGCGCGGGCCAACUACAGCAGCUGGCAGCUGGAGGAGCUGGAGAAGACCUUUGAGACCACCCACUACCCUGACGUCUUCAUGAGGGAAGCCCUAGCCCUCAGACUGGACCUCAUCGAGGCCAGAGUGCAGGUAUGGUCCCAACACCUUCUUCCUUCCAAACCAUACACUUUUCACUAAUGCAUGAACUCUGAUUUCUAGAAGCCAUCUAUGUUUCUAUCAGCUUUCAUGCCACAAUGCUACUGUAUUUUAAAUAUAUAUAAAAAAUAUUAUUUGUUUAUGAAUACACAAAAAAACUGUUAAAUCUAGUGGAUACUGAAACAUUUUUCAAAAUGAAUGUUUUGCAUUGUAAGGGAUUUCACUCUCUCUUUUUCUAAAUAUUACAUUUGUUCUAUUUUCACCAGGUGUGGUUUCAGAACCGCCGUGCUAAGAUGCGGAGACAGCUGAAGUUGCAGGGCCAGCUAGGAGAGCCAUUUCCCAGGAAGGACAAUGCUGAGGACACAACAACAGACAAACCCAACAAGAGCUUACCAGAGCAAGAGAGCUCUGACGGCAAGCACUGGGAGAGGAGGCAGGAGAAAGGAAACUAUCCCUGGAAUACACUACCUCGUUCUGCUGUUGUGACCACCCCCAUACAGAGUACGAUUCAGGGGCCAGCAGGAGAAUGGGAGGGGAUGGAGGGGCCCAGUCCAGAAGAGUUCCGCUCCUGUAGCAUUGCCAAGCUGCGGGCCAAGGCCAGGGAGCACGAGGCUGAGAUCCACAGCACUGUGACCAGGUCAGGAGGAGGAGAGACAGCGGCACUGCAGACACAAACACAGAGCACUGACGACGGAGAGAGCAACUGA